GGGCUGGGGAGGGGGCGGCGGCGGCACAGCUGGACCGAAGGGGGCGGGGUCGGUCCUGGGCGACUGGCUGAGCCGAGGCCCGCGAGGCGCCGGAGACCGAGCAUGGGACGGCGCGCCUGAGGGGACAGAGAGGGAGCACGCGGCCUGGGACCCCGACAGGGACAGCGAGGAAGGGGACGUGAGCGGGGAGGAGGAUGCAACUGACUCGCUGCUGCUUCGUGUUCCUGGUGCAGGGCAGCCUCUACCUGGUCAUCUGUGGCCAGGAUGACGGUCCCCACGGCUCCGAGGAGCCUGAGCACGACGACCACGAGAGCCAGCCCCGACCCCGGGUCCCCCGGAAACGGGGCCACGUCUCACCAAAGUCCCGCCCCGUGGCUAACUCCACUCUCCUAGGGCUGCUGGCUCCACCUGGUUCCGAAGCUUGGGGUGUCCUCGGGCAGCCCCCCAACCGCCCGAACCACAGCCCCCCACCCUCGGCCAAGGUGAAGAAAAUAUUUGGCUGGGGCGACUUCUAUUCCAACAUCAAGACGGUGGCCCUGAACCUACUCGUCACGGGGAAGAUUGUGGACCACGGCAACGGCACCUUCAGCGUCCACUUCCGCCACAACGCCACGGGCCAGGGCAACAUCUCCAUUAGCCUCGUGCCCCCUAGCAAAGCCGUCGAGUUCCACCAGGAACAGCAGAUCUUCAUCGAAGCCAAGGCCUCCAAAAUCUUCAACUGCCGCAUGGAGUGGGAGAAAGUAGAACGGGGCCGCCGGACCUCGCUCUGCACCCAUGACCCAGCCAAGACCUGCUCCCGAGACCAUUCUCAGAGCUCGGCCACCUGGAGCUGCUCACAGCCCUUCAAGGUCGUCUGCGUCUACAUUGCCUUCUACAGCACGGACUAUCGGCUGGUCCAGAAGGUGUGCCCAGACUACAACUACCACAGCGAUACCCCCUACUACCCUUCCGGCUGACCCUGGGCAGGCCUCGGAGGCCAGGCUAGGGCUGGGAGGACAGGCCCGCCCGUGCAGGACGCCAUCUGCCCGGACACCUGGCAGGAAGUGGGACCGAAGGGCCCCGGCAGGGACGGGGAGGAGAUGGGGAGAUGCCGGGUAGGGCCCAGCCUCGGUGGCGGGCGGGGCAGCGUCCCAGGCUGGCCUCAGCCCGAGGCUGUGCGGCCACUAGCAGGUGGGAGCCCUGGGGGAGGACAGCGUGCCAGCAGCCUUCCCGGCUUCGCCACCAAGCCGCAGGCUGCUGCCAGCACCAGGCCCCCGGGCGAGCAGACCAUAGUGGCCCCGGGUCAAGUUUGGUGCCCUCCCUGCCCUCCUGAGCGAGGACAACAGCAGCAGAGGGGCUUUCAGGAGUCAGUGUAGGGUGCAUGGCUGAGACGGGGCAUCCCAGGAGACUGCAGUGGGCAGCCCCGAGCCCCUUCCCUGCCCCGAGCCUGGCAUGAGGCUGAAGUGGUGACCCUUGAGGUCCUUGUUGUUGUGGCAAAUGGUCCAUCAGUCUCUGCCGGGCUACCCUGUCCACAGUUCCCUCUCCUGCCAGCCCUCCACACCCUCUUCGCUACCACCCCUGUCCUUAGGCCAAGACAGGACAGUCUGGUCCUCGUAGCACCACGACCAUUGGUAGAUGCCCACCAGGGCGUCGUGUGUCUCUCCGCCACCACGCGUCCCUCUGCCGCCACACCCCUUGCUGAGAGUGGUCGCUCCAUGGUGAGCCUGCCUGUCAGACGGGGCCCUCCCUCCCCAUCCGUGAGGCGCCAGCGCUGGCCGGGAGGACGCCGGGUCUGCUCCCUAGUGUCUGUCUGUGGGUGGGGGGAGGGGCGGGAAGUCUUGUGAAAUCACCUGACCGUCGACUUCUGUGUGCAGAAUCUUGUCCUUGGAACAGGGAAUAAAGCUUUCCCCAGGCA